ACUAAGUUCACCGUGAUGUCAACCUAAGAAGAUGCAGACUUUUUUCAUUAUCAUGCAGUAUAAAUGUUAUUGGAUCUAGUUAACUGAAGAUACUUUUGAGUGCAAGGUAUGGUGUCAGAAUAAAGUCAACAUUUGGAAGGGAGAUUUCUAAGCCAUUGCUUAUUUCUAAAGUUUGCAGUUUAUACAAACCUAAAAACUAAUUGGAUAUGUUAAUCUGUAAGUGAUACAUAAAAUAAGUAGUUUUCAUCAAGUCUGCUGUUAGUGUGUUGCAUUUUUCUUGUGAAAUUAGGUGCUGUAUUGUGUAUUUCAAAGUAAUUGCACUUCAGGUUUUGCUCAGAUAUUUUAACAAUUGAGUUUACGAAACUAUAAUUCUUCACAAGGCAAUCACAUGGAUAAAACCCAGCAUUUGUGUCCAAAAAUCUAUCUCAUAAAUAAAUUAAAAUCAUACUGUUCGUAAAAGCAAUAUUAGAUUCAGCAAGGUUAAGUUACAGCUUCCAAUCUCUAAACAAGUGUGGAUGCUUGAUUAUACUUUUCUGUAGUUCAAUUCUUGUUAUUUUCUAGUGUGAUUUUUUUUUUUGUAUUACUAUAGUUGACAGGGAAUAAUUAGGUACCAGACAUACUUGAGCAGAAAAAUUCAUUAGAUCAUAUUUCAUUCUCCAGUUAUGCUGAUUACAUUCUUGUUAUAUUUAAGAAAACAAGCAAAACUACCAAAAUGAAGAUUCUGAAGUCUGCUACACCCUAAGGCAUGUCAGAUACUCCUGUAGUCUUUUUGUGUUUUGUCCUGAAUGAGUUAGGACAUCCCUCCUGAUGGGGUUUCCUUUUUGCACAGUGAUCAGAAGUUUUAUAGUCUUCUAAUGGAUUGCUAAAAGUUAGCAGCUGUUUCUGUUCAAAUUCUCAGAAAUCUCUUCCCCUGAACUGCAGCAGCUGGAAGCCCUCUGGUCUCUACUUUGGAGACUUUGAAAUUACAUUGUGUUCUAUAAAGCUUCCUAUACCAGAUUCAUGAGUGUACUUUCUUAGUUUCUUCUGUAGGGGAGCAAGCAGUAAGAAUAAAAUUUUUGACCUGUGUUUGCUGAGUCUCUCCUUCAAGAGGAGGAGCAGUACUGUGGGAAUCUCUUCUACUGAUUGGAAGAGUUCUCUUUGGUUGUUCAAUUCUUUGUUUAUUGGAAUGUGGCUUUGGGGGGAGGCCAGGUGAGAGCAAACUCUCAUGGUCCAUAAUGCUGAAUGUUCAUGAAGGAUUAGAAAGAUAAGAAUGGAUAUUUGCCCUCACUCCAUUGACAGGUUAUCCAUCAGUACCAUUAAAGUAAUUUUAAACCUUCCUUGUAUCCAGAUUAGAUUGAUUAGGUUAGAUUCUUGUCAUCUAUAGAAUACUGUUUGUUGGCGGGGCAGGGCGCUUGGACAACUUUGAAGAGAUCUGUGAAAAAUAACUAAGAAAAGAAAACAGUUGUCAAUAAACAAAGGUGUAUUAUUUAGACUUAUAGUUACAUGUUACCUGUUAAAAUUCCUGAUCUUGAUGGUUAGCUUAAAUAAGAUAAGCUUGUAAUUGGCCUCUGGCUGACUUGUCUCUGAUGUUGUUAAAAAACGGAAGGUUUGCCAAUAAGUAAUAACUGCUUAGGACUGGUAUAUCUGGUUUAAAUUUAUUCAUUGCUGAUUUAAAUAAUUCAAAUAAGUGGUAUUUGAAGUGAGUGCAGGCAUAUCCCAGUAAUUUCUGAAGAGUGUUAGAGCUUUAAAAUAUACAACUCUUAAUUGUUACACUUGAAAAAAAGGAAGUUUGUGUUGGAGUCAUCAAAAUGGUUCAUCCAGAAUUUGGCAUUAGAGGAUCAAUAUUCUUUGUGGUUCUGAAGAGGAGCACAUUCACAUCUAACCAUCUUGGAUAUGAGGUGUCCAACUGAAUUCCUUACAAGAUGUAAAUGGGGAAGUGGUAAUUUAUCUGUUGUGUCUUCAAGAUCCUUCAAGAUCAUUCAGAAAUCUCUGGGUUUUGGAGUCUACCAAACAGUAAUAGAGUGGAGUGUUACCAUUCUGCUAAAAUGAAGUUUAGCAACCAUGCGCAUCGUUAUUAUUUAGACUUGUUACCUUUUCACAAAUAUUUACAAAAGGCCCGUUUCAGUUUGCUAGGACAAGCAGUUCUAGAAUUUUUUAGGUUAUCAUUCUAUUUACUCAUUUGUUGAAAGAGUUUAAUCUGGGACUUAGGGCAAUCAUCAGGUUUGCAAAAAAGCAGUAACAUAGGAGACUUCAGCACUAAUGGUGUUCUGGCUGCUCUUUGGAAAGAUUUCAGGUUCAAUGGAAGAAUGGAGAUACAGCUCCCCUCAUGCAGCUGCUGUCCCUAACACUUGCUCAGCUUCCAAGCAUAUCCGUUUUCAGGAUGGAUAUUCGUCAAAUCAUGAUCGACUUGCAGUUUCAGCAGAAAUGUAUUCGAAGGUAUCUGUGGUUAUUCCAGUGCAAUGUUUCUUGCACAAGGGUUCCAUAGUAAUUAAUUAAUUUCUAAAGCUGAAAGUACUCAUCAUUUUGACAGACAGAUAUUUCCAAAGAUGAAGGCCACAACCUGUCUCCAGGAAUACUGUUCAUAAGAGGACAGGUGAGAGAUAACUGCCUGGAAAUCCAGCUAAUCUUUUUUCCACUUCAAAUUUGUGGUUCCUGUAAUGUUUUGUUUCUUGCACCACAGUGACCCAUUCAAUUUGACAGAACAUCUCUACUAUUUUUUAGAACAAGGUAGCUUGUGAUCUUGCUUUGAGUACCAUGGUACUGCCUUUUGGUGAGCACAUUGCAGUGUAAAGAGAACAUCCAUGCGAAUUUGCCAAACCAAAAUGAUGUAUACGUAAGAGAAUAAACUGGGAUCAGACUGUGCUCUGAACUGUGAUGAAUUUGUUCAAUUAUUUGAACAAAGUGUAGAUAUAUUUUGGAUGUUUCUACAUUAGGGGGCGGGGCUGGGGGGAAGUGAAUAAUAUUUCUAAAAAGAAAAGAAUCUGAAAAUGACAGACUUGGAUACCUGAUCUCUAAUAUAGUCAGAAAGCUCUUCUGUGGCUUACUACAAAUUCGUUUUAUUGUAAAAACUGUUACAAAGAGUGAAGCAAAAAGAUCCUGAUCAUACUUUAUUGGUCUCAAGAGCUUGUAAGUCUACAUGUUCAGAACUGUGGCAAGCUUUGAAUCCAGGUCUGCAGUAUUUGAAAGAAAAGCAUUAGCCUGAUAUUUUGUCAAAGUCUUAGAUCCUGAUAAUAAAAGAAGUUCUACUGUCUGUGGCAUGAAGUGGAUGAAGCCUGCAUACUGAUGCCUUGAAGGAUACAAAGUAUAGUUGAAUGGAUAUUGUAAAAGUUCCUAAACUCAUCUCUUGGUCAAAACCCUUACGGGGUCUCGGGACUCAUGACUUAACAAAGUAGAUGUGUGCAAACUUGCAUAUGUUUGAUUGUAAAAGAGAAGAUGCGAAGACAUCUCUUUUCAGAGGGUAAUUGCUCUCUCCUCGCCUCUGAUUCUGUAUUGAUUACUUUCAUAUAGUUCAAAGUGAGUUCAAGAUUUCAUAAAGCCCUUGAAGCCCAAUGGUGUAUUUCAGCUUUCAGAUUUCUGCAGCUAUCAUGGCAACUUAAAAAGUUUUUGUGCUCAUUCAGUGGAGUUUUUUCAUUAUGCUCGAUGAAGAUAGUGGUACUAUAUACUCAUCCUACCUUUUGUGCCCUAGUUCAACCUGAUAUUUUCAUAUACUUGGGCCAGCUUUUUUUGUCCUAGAUCCAGAAAUCUCAUAGAGGCAAACCAGUAAUGAUCAAGUCUAGUUUUGAGGAUCGCCAUCAAGCUGCCCUGGAAAUAUGAAGAAAUCUGUGACUAAUCUGUAACUCUGUCUGCAAUCACCUUCCCAUUUAGGAAAAGAAAACAUUGAAGGUGUCUCUUUCUUCUCAGAUAAGAUGCCAACAGGUUGUGGUUAUAAUAACUUACUAAAACAUCAGUAUUCAGUUGUCAAGAGAAAUGAAGAAGGUGCAUCAGAAGAGCUCUGUAUUUAGAGGGAAUAUGUAUGCCAAGUUGUGAUGUGAGCAUCCACUUACAUGUUCUCAACUUACAAUUUGACGUUUUGGAUGAUGAAGAGCAACAGCAAUUUGAGCCUGGUCAGUUACAGAAGUUCAAGCAAGAAAAUUGGUCCUACUUGAAUUAUUUUGGUUUUUAAUCUUGGAGCCUUCAGCAUGAGGGCUCUGAAAGAUAAGCCUCUGAAGAAGCGAAAACAAGAAAAUAAACCACAGGAGGUUGGAGGUGCUACUGGAGCAAAUAGAGCAGCUUCUCAGGAGACAGGUUCUGCAGGAAAUGGGGCAAGGCCAGCAUUGAUGGUUAGUAUUGAUCUGCAGCAAGCAGGAAGAGCAGACUCUCAGGCAGCAGUAACUCAGGAUUUGGACACCAUCAGAAAACCUGAAGAAAUUAAGCAGUAUAAUGAUGGGUUUAUGUGUGUUCCCCAAGAAGACAGUGUUCUUAAAUUUAAACCUGAAAACCAUCCUGAUAUUUUUAGGAAAAAGUCAGACUUCGAGGGUCAAAAGACAGAUAUCCAGCAAAAUGAAAACAGACAAAUGGAAUUUCAGCAAAAUGAGAGCAGACGGUUGGAAAGUAAACACAAUGAGAAUAAACAGUUAGAAGCUAAACAUGAAAGCAAGUAUGAAAGCAGACAAAUGGAAGUGAAACAAAAUGAGAACAGACAGACAGAAUCAAAACAAAAUGAGAGCAGGCAAAUGGAGAUGAAACAAAAUGACGGAAAACAAAAUAAUGGCAAACAGGAAAUAAGGCAGAGGCCUGAAACGCCAAAACAGAAGAGUGAAGGCAGGCCUGAAACGCCAAAACAGAAGAGUGAAGGCAGGCCUGAAACGCCAAAACAGAAGAGUGAAGGCAGGCCUGAAACGCCAAAACAUAGACAUGAUAAUAGGAGGGACUCCAGUAAACCAUUGUCAGAUAAGAAAAUUGAAAUACCUAGGCAUAAACUAGAUGUGAAAUCUGAUCUUUCAAGGGUAAAACCUGAAAGUAGAUCUGAUCCAACAAAACAAAGGCCUGAUGGGCGUUCAGUUUCUGAUACACUGAGACGUGACCAUGAUAGCCUUAAACAAAGGUCUGAGGACAGGGGGGAGUCAGAGAGAUACAGAGGAGAUCCAUCCAAGGUUAGAAGGCCUGAAUAUUUGAGAUCCUCAAACAAAAAUGAACAUGAUUCUAAGCAUGGUAUUAAAUCUGAUGGUUCAAAACCUGAGAAAUUUGAAAGGAAACAUAGGCAUGAGUCUGGUGAAUCAAGGGAAAGGUUUUCUUCUGGGGAUCAGAAAUCAAGACCUGACAGCCCUCGUAUUAAACAGGAAGGUAAAGGAGAUUCUAGUAAAUCAAGACCUGAUAAACCUGGUUUUAAAUCACCCAACAGCAAGGAUGAACGAAGGACAGAUGGUAAUAAGAGUAAAGUAGAUAGUAAUAAAGCACAUGCUGACAAUAAAGCAGAGUUUCCCAGUUAUUUGUUGGGAGCAAGAUCUGGCGCAUUGAAACAUUUUGUCAUUCCAAAAAUCAAGCGUGAUAAAGAUGGCAAUGUUACUCAGGAGUCAAGGAAAACUGAAUUUAGAGGUGAACAGAAGGACAAAGUAGAGAAGAUUGGGCUAGUUGAAGAUCUAAAUAAAGGAGCUAAGCCUGUAGUUGUCCUUCAAAAGCUUUCUUUGGAUGAUGUGCAGAAAUUUAUUAAGGAUAGAGAAGAUAAAUCAAGGGGCUCUUGUUUUAAGCCUAACAAGAACAAGUCAUCCAAAUCUAAUAAAGGUAGCAUAGAUCAGUCAGUGUUAAAAGAGUUGCCUCCUGAGCUCCUGGCAGAAAUUGAAUCCACCAUGCCACUUUGUGAACGUGUGAAAAUGAACAAGCGCAAACGUAGCACAGUUAAUGAGAAACCAAAAUAUGCUGAAAUCAGUUCUGAUGAAGACAAUGACAGUGAAGAAGCAUUUGAAUCUUCUCGUAAAAGACAUAAAAAGGAUAGAGAUGAAGCUUGGGAGUAUGAAGAACAUGACAGAAGAAGUUCUGGUGACCAUAGGAGAAGUGGUCAUUAUGAAGGAAGGAGGACUUCUGGCAGUGGCCGUUAUCGUAAUCGCAGUCCGGAUGACUCUGAUAUGGAUGAUUAUUCUCCUCCCCCUAGCCUCAGUGAGGUGGCUAGAAAAAUGAAGAAAAAAGAAAAACAAAAGAAGAGGAAAGCUUAUGAACCUAAACUAACACCUGAAGAAAUGAUGGAUUCUUCGACUUUCAAAAGGUUUACUGCUUCAAUAGAGAAUAUUUUGGAAAAUUUGGAAGACAUGGAUUUUACAGCUUUUGGCGAUGAUGAUGAGAUUCCACAGGAAUUGCUACUGGGAAAACAUCAGCUUAGUGAGUUGGGUAGUGAAUCUGCAAAAAUCAAGGCAAUGGGCAUUAUGGACAAGCUCUCAACAGAUAAAACAGUAAAAGUCCUGAAUAUUUUGGAGAAGAAUAUUCAAGAUGGAUCAAAGCUUUCUACAUUACUUAACCAUAACAAUGACACUGAGGAUGAGGAGAGAUUAUGGAGAGAUCUUAUUAUGGAAAGAGUGACAAAAUCUGCUGAUGCUUGUCUCACUGCUAUCAAUAUUAUGACAUCACCAAAUAUGCCUAAAGCUGUAUAUAUUGAGGACGUAAUAGAAAGAGUUAUUCAAUACACAAAAUUUCAUUUGCAGAACACUCUCUAUCCUCAGUAUGAUCCUGUGUAUAGAGUGGAUCCUCAUGGUGGUGGUGUUUUAAGUUCAAAAGCAAAACGUGCCAAGUGUUCCACCCACAAGCAAAGAGUUAUAGUGAUGUUGUAUAACAAAGUCUGUGACAUUGUCAGCAGCUUGUCAGAGUUGCUAGAGAUACAGCUUCUUACUGAUACAACUAUUCUUCAGGUAUCAUCCAUGGGAAUAACACCUUUCUUUGUAGAAAAUGUCAGUGAACUACAGUUAUGUGCCAUCAAAUUAGUGACUGCAGUGUUCUCCAGGUAUGAAAAACAUAGACAGUUAAUACUAGAAGAAAUUUUCACUUCCCUUGCGAGACUACCAACUAGCAAGAGGAGUUUGAGAAACUUCAGGUUAAACAGCAGUGACACUGAUGGAGAGCCUAUGUAUAUUCAGAUGGUAACGGCACUAGUUCUACAGCUUAUUCAGUGCGUGGUGCACCUACCAUCAGCAGAAAAAGAUUCGAAUUCAGAGGAGGAAUCAAACAAGAAAGUGGAUCAAGAUGUGCUUAUUACUAACUCAUAUGAAACAGCUAUGAGAACAGCACAAAACUUCCUUUCAAUUUUCCUUAAGAAGUGUGGCAGUAAACAAGGGGAAGAAGAUUACAGGCCACUGUUUGAGAACUUCAUUCAAGACCUUCUUUCCACAGUCAAUAAACCAGAAUGGCCAGCUGCAGAAUUGCUACUUAGCUUAUUAGGAAGGCUAUUGGUUCACCAGUUCAGUAACAAAUCUACAGAAAUGGCAUUAAGAGUUGCAUCACUUGACUAUCUUGGAACUGUAGCUGCAAGACUGAGAAAAGAUGCAGUCACUAGCAAAAUGGAUCAAGGAUCUAUAGCCAGAAUCCUCAAACAGGUUUCAGGAGGAGAAGAUGAAAUUCAACAGCUGCAAAAGGCUUUGCUAGAUUAUCUGGAUGAGAACACAGAAACUGAUGCAUCAUUAGUGUUUUCUCGGAAGUUUUAUGUAGCUCAGUGGUUCCGUGAUACAACUAUGGAGACAGAAAAAGCAAUUAAAUCUCAGAAGGAUGAGGAUUCAUCUGAAGGAACUCAUCAUGCAAAAGAUGUUGAAGCCACAGGACAAAUCAUGCAUAGAGCAGAAAGUCGCAAAAAGUUUCUUCGCAGCAUCAUUAAAACUGCUCCAUCUCAGUUCAGUAUAUUCAAGAUGAAUUCUGAUACUGUGGACUACGAAGAUGCAUGUUUGAUUGUUCGCUACUUGGCCUCUAUGAGGCCGUUUGCCCAGAGCUUCGAUAUUUAUUUGACACAGAUUCUGCGUGUACUUGGUGAAAAUGCAAUUGCUGUUCGAACAAAAGCCAUGAAGUGUUUGUCUGAGGUUGUUGCUGUAGACCCCAGUAUUCUAGCCAGGCUGGAUAUGCAACGAGGUGUUCAUGGACGGUUAAUGGAUAACUCCACUAGUGUACGCGAAGCAGCGGUGGAGCUGCUUGGCCGAUUUGUGCUCUGUCGUCCUCAGCUUGCUGAGCAGUAUUAUGACAUGCUGAUUGAAAGAAUAUUGGAUACUGGUAUCAGCGUCAGAAAAAGAGUCAUAAAGAUACUUAGGGAUAUCUGCAUUGAACAACCAACAUUUCCCAAAAUUACAGAGAUGUGUGUGAAAAUGAUUCGGAGAGUCAAUGAUGAAGAAGGCAUUAAGAAAUUAGUAAAUGAGACAUUCCAGAAGCUCUGGUUUACUCCAACUCCACACCAUGACAAAGAAGCAAUGACAAGGAAAAUACUAAACAUCACUGAUGUGGUUGCAGCUUGUAGAGAUACAGGGUAUGAUUGGUUUGAACAGCUUCUUCAAAAUCUGUUGAAAUCAGAAGAGGAUGCCUCAUACAAACCUGUGAAGAAAGCCUGUACUCAACUUGUUGACAAUUUGGUUGAGCACAUUCUUAAAUAUGAGGAAUCUUUAUCAGAUUCUGACAACAAAGGUGUGAAUUCUGGUCGCUUGGUUGCUUGCAUAACCACUUUGUUCUUAUUCAGCAAAAUCAGGCCCCAGCUAAUGGUCAAACAUGCCAUGACCAUGCAGCCGUACCUGACCACUAAAUGUAGUACCCAGAAUGAUUUCAUGGUGAUCUGCAAUGUUGCAAAAAUCUUAGAGCUUGUAGUGCCGUUAAUGGAGCACCCAAGUGAGACCUUUCUUGCCACUAUUGAGGAAGACCUCAUGAAACUCAUCAUCAAAUAUGGCAUGACAGUUGUUCAGCAUUGUGUGAGCUGUCUUGGGGCUGUUGUGAACAAGGUCACCCAGAACUAUAAAUUUGUGUGGUCCUGUUUUAAUAGAUACUAUGGAGCACUUUCGAAAUUAAAAAGUCAACACCAAGAAGACCCCAACAGUACAAUACUUACUGCCAAUAAACCAGCACUCCUUAGAUCACUUUUCACUGUUGGAGCACUGUGUCGGCAUUUUGAUUUUGAUCAAGAAGAUUUUAAGGGCAACAGUAAGGUUAACAUUAAGGAUAAAGUACUUGAACUGCUGAUGUAUUUUACAAAGCAUUCAGAUGAAGAAGUACAGACAAAAGCCAUUAUUGGCCUUGGAUUUGCAUUUAUACAACACCCAAGUUUAAUGUUUGAACAGGAAGUGAAGACUCUGUACAACAGCAUUCUUUCAGAUAAGAACUGUUCAGUAAACUUAAAAAUCCAGGUGUUAAAAAACCUCCAGACCUACUUGCAGGAGGAGGAUACACGUAUGCAGCAGGCAGACAGAGACUGGAAAAAAGUAGCAAAACAGGAAGACCUGAAAGAAAUGGGUGAUAUUUCCUCAGGGAUGAGUAGUUCCAUCAUGCAGCUAUAUCUCAAACAGGUCCUCGAGGCUUUCUUUCAUACACAGUCCAGUGUACGCCACUUUGCUCUAAAUGUCAUUGCACUGACACUAAACCAAGGUCUCAUCCAUCCUGUUCAGUGUGUGCCGUACUUAAUUGCUAUGGGCACAGAUCCAGAGCCCUCUAUGCGAAAUAAAGCUGACCAGCAGUUGGUGGAAAUAGACAAAAAAUAUGCUGGGUUCAUUCACAUGAAAGCAGUGGCUGGUAUGAAGAUGUCUUACCAGGUACAACAGGCAAUUAAUACCUGUCCAAAAGAUCCCGUGCGAGGUUUUAGACACGAUGAAUCAUCCAGUGCAUUGUGCUCACACCUAUACUCCAUGAUCCGAGGGAACCGUCAACACAGACGAGCGUUUCUAAUUUCUUUACUCAACCUCUUUGAUGAUACUGCAAAAACAGAGGUGAAUAUGCUCUUGUAUAUAGCAGACAAUCUAGCCUGUUUUCCUUAUCAAACACAGGAAGAGCCACUGUUUAUAAUGCAUCAUAUAGACAUUACACUAUCAGUUUCUGGUAGCAACCUACUACAGUCAUUUAAAGAGUCUAUGGUGAAAGACAAAAAAAAGGAAAGAAAACCUUCAUCAGAUGAGGAGACUGAGAGUGACAGUAACAGUGGUAGUGAGAGCGAAAGUGAGGAGGAAGCUUCUAAGCCUCGGAGGUUACGGAAACGAGUAGACUCUGAUUCAGAUUCCGAUGAAGAAAAUGAUAUAAAUGCUGUGAUGAAAUGUUUACCAGAAAAUUCAGCUCCUUUAAUUGAAUUUGCAAAUGUCUCCCAAGGCAUAUUAUUACUUUUGAUGCUGAAACAGCAUUUAAAGAACCUCUGUGGAUUCUCUGAUAGUAAAAUUCAGAAAUAUUCUCCAUCUGAAUCUGCAAAAGUUUAUGAUAAAGCGAUAAACAGGAAGACAGGAGUGCAUUUCCAUCCAAAACAAACUCUGGAUUUUCUGCGGAGUGAUAUGGCUAAUUCCAAGAUCACUGAAGAAGUGAAGAGGAGUAUAGUAAAACAGUACUUAGAUUUCAAGCUCCUUAUGGAACAUUUGGAUCCUGAUGAAGAGGAAGAAGAUGGAGAGGUGUCAGCUAGCACAAAUGCUCGGAACAAAGCAAUUACCUCGCUGCUUGGAGGAGGCAGCCCUAAAAACAAUGCAGCUGAGACAGAGGACGAUGAAAGUGAUGGGGAGGAUAGAGGAGGAGGCACUUCAGGGUCAUUGAGAAGGUCAAAACGAAAUUCAGACUCUACGGAGUUGGCAGCACAGAUGAAUGAAAGUGUUGAUGUCAUGGAUGUCAUCGCUAUUUGCUGUCCAAAGUACAAAGACCGACCACAAAUUGCAAGAGUAGUACAGAAAACCAGCAAUGGCUUCAGUGUUCAGUGGAUGGCAGGCUCCUACAGUGGCUCCUGGACUGAGGCUAAGCGCCGUGAUGGCCGCAAACUGGUGCCUUGGGUAGACACUAUUAAAGAGUCAGACAUUAUUUACAAAAAAAUUGCUCUAACGAGUGCUAAUAAGCUGACUAAUAAAGUUGUGCAGACUUUACGAUCGCUGUAUGCCGCCAAGGAUGGAACUUCCAGCUAAUGAAUUUGUACAUGCAGCCAAAUUUACAGGAAUUGAAAUAACAGAAAAACUUGAAAUAUCAACUUUCUGGCAAAAAAAAUCAGUUAAAUGAAGAGUAAGAAUGGAACCUGGGACGCGGGAAAAAAGAAGGAAAUGUUUGGUAAACAUUUUUGUGGGAGCUUCCUUCGCUGUUGUGCAGCAGAAACUUCUCAGUUCAUUUUUACUCCCACUGUAUUAUAGUUUAACAAAAAAAUUGUUUAUAUCUUGAAAAAAAAACUUUCUGUUUAAAAAAAAUAAACAAGUGAAUGUUGGAAAUUAGUCUGUUAAUGUUCUUAAUAAAGUGUUCUUGGAGUUUAACCUAGCAGCGGAUGGCUUUCUUUAGCUUAGCCCAGUUUCCAGGGAAGCAUUGUUUUUCCAGGCUGUAAAAUGGCAGAAUCUCCUGGAUAUAUAAUUUAUUCUGUUGAAGAAAAAAAAAAAAGAAAAAAAAAGGAAAAAAAAAGCAUGCAGUAUCUAUGACCUAUCUGCAGGAGGAGUUUUUGUAAAUGUAGAUUUUGAUGUAUUAGGUCACCCUGAAAUAAUACAAGAAAAGGGAUCCCCAGCAAAUCUGGUGGAACGAAUACUGCAAUAAAUUUUUUUACUUCUCUUUGUUACUUGUCUGUUUCCAUUUGAAUUUCUUAUUGUAAAGAUCUGUUUAAAUCCAUUUAUAUUAUUUUGCAGUCUUUUAUGUAAAAUUUACUAUAUCAGUGGUUUUCAAAACAAGACAUAAAAUAUUGUUUAUACAGUUUGUAUAGGCUGACUUCUGAAUAAUUGGUAUCUUUUUAUUUUUAUCCCUUAAAGGGUGUAAACACAAGUUAACUCCAGGGUUUUAUUGUAUCCUGCAAUAUUUAGUAUUAACUAUAUGAUUUAGCACUGUGCCAAACACAUUUUCAAGAGUACAUUUUGAUAUAAAAAGAAACUAUAGUUUAUUCCUUGUAUGCUUCAAUUUCUUUCUAAUGGUGUCCAAAUGGUAAUUUAUGAUAGUUUAAAUUUGGGGAAAGCUGAAUGACUACUCUGCUUGGGCUAACUGGCCGUGUAUGCAUUUCUCUGGGUUAAUAUAGAGAGGUUUGUGUCAAGAGGAGAUAGCUACCAGUAUCUGAGGAGUGAAUGGGUAUGAGUCUGGGUAAUUACGCUACAUUCCUUCACAAAUGAAUUUUUUAAAAAAUGUUUGUAUAUUAGACUAUUUUUUUUACUAAUUGAAAGAUGUUUUCACAUUUUGUAAAUUGAAAAAUGCUAUUGAAAGCUUUCAGAAGCAUUUGCUUCAACUGCGUUGCCACAGCCUUUCAUAAGCAGUUCGCCUUCCUAGAGAGUAAAAAAGCAGUGUAUUUGCAAACAGAAAAAAUCUAAAACAGCUAAAUUUUUUAGGGGACUAUGAAACUCUGCUGUGUUUUCAAAUGUAUUUAUCUAAAACAGUUGUUCCUCAAUAAGUAAAUCUUUCUAUUAUGUUUCUUUUCUUUUACAAUUUUAAUUUAUGGUAGGAGGCUGUUUUUAUGAAAGUAGAUUGCAGAAUUCUAAUACGUUAUUCGAUUUGUGAGGAAUAGUAACAGUAUUCCAAAAUAUUCUCAUGUACAAAAAAAACCAUUAAACUGAAAUUAUUAAUAACUCCUCAGAAUCUAGUUAGUAAUUGUUCCUAUGGGAAAUGCCUUUUUGCUGUUUCACCACUGGAAUUUUUCUGAACAGAAGUAUUUUGCCACCUUUUUGUUUUCACUGUUAAUGGUGUUUUCUUUACUGUACUAAAAGCCACCUCUCGGGCUAAGAUAGGUAUUGUUAAAGUAGGGAGAAGUAGAAAAAGCAGAAGUCACUCUGCAGCUCUGGAAGCAGGACAUUUUUGUAGCAAACAAAGGAAUACUGUAUUUCUCAGGGUCAGGAGCAGCUUUUAUAGCAGGAAAUUCAUACUUUGUCAACAGAGGGGUUGUGUGAUGUGCCACAUGUUACUACUAGAAAGAGUUGAAAAUACUUCACAAGAAAACUCCUGAUUGAUAAAAACAGGAAUUUCAUACAGUUGCAGUCUAAAAUGAAGUUGUCUGUUAGCUAUUUCUGAUGCUAUUUAUAUUAAAGUAUCUUAUUUUUAAUAGGUAGUACAAGUAUUUCCUUGUACUUAAACAAAUUGUUUGCUGGUCAUGUGGCUUUCCCAAUAGCAAAGAAGGGGUUUUAUUUCAAUUUCUUUGGUAUUUAUUGGAAUAAAAUUAUCAGAAAGAAAUUACAAUUAAACAAUAGAAGCCUGAAGUGUAA